AUGGAACCCUUGCUGUACACGCACAAGAAGACUAUCGACGAUAUAGAGUAUUAUGUUGCCAAAGAGGAGAAAAGACUAGCUGUUUUGAAAAAGCAUUUGAAUCUCUACAGGAAUGAGCACAUUUUGGCGAUGGAAGAUAUUUCAAAUUACUUAGGAAAUCCCAUCAACGCGUUCACUCUCAUUAAGAGAUUGACAAAGGAUUUAGACUUUAUCGAAAAGAGCAUCAUGGUUGGAACAAACUAUGUUAAAAAUACAACUGUAAACCACGUAGACGUAUUAUAUCCCACUUCAGAAGACCUCACGGGGUCUGUACUGGCCCUCACUCGCCUCCAGGUCACUUAUCAACUCGAUAUUGGGGAACUUUCUGAAGGACGACUUAACGGCGUAAAUUCCAGCGACUGCUACGAGAUUGGGCGUACGUUAUACAACGAAAAAGACUAUCGCAACUCAUUGCGAUGGAUGCUUGAGUCGCUGCGCAAAUUAAAGAGCGGAGACGAUUUGUACAAUGUGACGGAGGUCGACAUUCUUGAGUACAUAAGUUAUACUCACUAUCUAUUAGACGUGGACGGGGCGGGCCAGCGACGCGUCGCUGACGGGACGGCGACGCGAUGUGGAAGUCACACUGGCGGCGGGGUGCGAUGGCGGUCGCGUCAGCGUCUGACCGGCUGUCCCCAUGAGCGUGAUUUUUCAAACUUGUCGAGCAACAAGAUGUCAAGAGAUAUUCAAACAGCUUUGGAAUGGACUAAAAAAAUUUUGCUACUGGAUCCUGUUCAUUCAAUUGCGCUUCAAAACGUGGGUCAUUACCAGAAAAUUCUUGAAGAAAGAAAAGAACUUAAAACACGAGGAGAGGGGACUGUUGAUGAACAUUCACCGUCAUCAAACUUGCUCGAUGAAGACACAAAAAGAACAUAUGAAGCUCUGUGCCGAGGCGAUAUCGAUGUUCCGAAAGAAAUACAGAAGAAGUUGAAAUGCUCCUAUCUUACGGAAAACCACCCAUUCCUAAAGUUGGCACCGAUAAAGAUGGAAAAGAUGUACGAUGACCCCGAAGUCAUCGUGUUCCACCAGGUGAUGAGUGACGAGGAGAUCGAGCACAUUAAGAAUCAGGCCAAAUCUAAACUUACUCGUGCCGGAGUCAACAACCCAGCCACAGGUCAGGCAAUUCCCGCACCCUAUCGCAUCAGCAAGACAGCGUGGCUCCGCGACGAUCUGUCACCGGUGGUGGCGCGCGUGUCCCAACGUGUAUCCGACUUCACGGGGCUCACCAUGAGCACCGCAGAGGACCUGCAGGUGGCCAACUACGGCAUAGGCGGCCACUACGUGGCGCACUUGGACUACUAUCGGGAUGUUGACUCCAUUUUCCUACCCCCAAGUGGACAGAGAGUUGCUACGGUCUUGUUCUAUAUGUCGGAAGUGGCGCAAGGCGGGGCGACGGUGUUCACCGACCUCGGCCUGAGCGUGUUCCCGAUAAAGAAUGCGGCCUUGUUCUGGAUGAAUGUGCUCCCCUCGGGCGAGGGUAACGAAAGGACCCGUCACGCCGCCUGCCCUGUGCUGCGCGGCUCCAAGUGGGAUUAUGUUAAAAAUACCACUAUAAACCACGCAGACGUGCUGUAUCCAACUUUAGAAGACCUCACGGGAUCUGUAUUGGCCCUCACACGCCUCCAGGACACUUAUCGCCUCCACGUAGGGGAACUUUCUGAAGGACGACUUAACGGCGUAAUUUCCAACGACUGCUACGAGAUUGGGCGUACGUUAUACAACGAAAAAGACUAUCGCAACUCAUUGCGGUGGAUGAUCGAAUCUCUGCGCAAGUUCAACAGCGGAGACGAUUUGUACAAUGUGGCGGAGGUCGACAUUCUUGAGUACAUAAGUUUUACUCACUAUCUAUUAGGGGAUAUUCAAACAGCUUUAGAAUGGACUAAGAAAAUUUUGCUAUUGGAUCCUGUGCAUUCAAAUGCGCUCAACAACGUGGAGUAUUUCCAGAAAGCUCUUGAAGAAAGAGAGGAACUUAACAGACGAGGAGAGGUUUUCACUACUGAUGAACAUUCUUCAUCAUCAGACUUACUCGAUGAAGACACAAAAAGAACAUAUGAAGCUCUGUGCCGAGGCGAUAUUGAGGUCUCGAACGAAAUACAGAAGAAGAUGAAAUGCUCCUAUCUUACGGAAAACCACCCAUUCCUGAAGUUAGCACCGAUAAAGAUGGAAAAGAUGUACGAUGACCCCGAAGUCAUCGUGUUCCACCAGGUGAUGAGUGACGAGGAGAUCGAGCACAUUAAGAAUCAGGCCAAAUCUAAACUCACUCGUGCCGGGGUCAACGACCCGGCCACAGGGCAGGCAAUUGCUGCACCCUAUCGCAUCAGCAAGACAGCGUGGCUUCACGACGAUCUGUCACCGGUGGUGGCACGCGUGUCACAACGUGUUUCCGACUUUACGGGGCUCACCAUGAGCACCGCAGAGGACCUGCAGGUGGUCAACUACGGCAUAGGCGGCCACUACGUGGCGCACUUCGACUAUUACCGGGCAAGUAUU